AUGUCUACCGCUGCCGACGCCACAGCGCAGCGCAUCUAUGGCCCACACCUUGUGCAUAACAUGACCGUAAUCAACAACAUCAAAUUCAUCUCCUCGUGUUUUGCUGGUGCAGUUGCAGGCGUCUUGGGUCUCGAGAACUGGCUUGGCUUCGCGCUCUUUCUCGUGUCGACGCUGUUCUCCUCUGUUUGCAUGUAUGGUGUCAAUUUCAAAACAUAUCCGAAUAGAUACAUGCAUGGCGGUCUCUUGGCAGCUUUUAACCCUGGCCAGGAGAACGUAUUCUCUUUCAUCUUGAUGUGGACAUUGUUCUAUGGAAUUGUACACGUGUACGACUAG